UACAAUCACCACCAGAUCGUCAAAUCAUAUCAUAUCAUAUCAUAGUCAUUCAAACUAUUCAGAUUGUCGACUCAUGACCAGGUCAGGUGAAACUCCUUACGAAAGACGCGAAAGACUCAAUUUAGAGAAAGCCAUUGCACUCAGUAAAAUACCCAAUCAUUUGCAUCCUUCAACACAAAGUGAAAUGACCUCUAUCAAUCUCGAACCUGUUCAAAAUCGUACUACCACCCCAUCUCCUGAGCCACAACACCAGAUCAUAUGUCCUGAUAGUCAACCGGGACUUCAGACCUUCGAUACUUUUCAGAGAAUCCCAAUUCAAGCUCCUCAUAUGGAUAGUCAAUACACCGACCCAAUUUCUGAAGCAGCUCCCUCUACCAUCAUUAAUGGCUGGUCUAAGAGCAAGUUUGAUGCAGAUACCUCGUCUAUCUCUGCUCCAACUCCUCGUAUCAACGUGCUUCUUCGACCACCGCCUUCCGAUGAUCCAAUUGAACAGUCUGUAUCAAAUCGUACAUCACUCAAUCUACCGCCUCGAGUGAUCAUACCUGCAAUCUCGGCUUCACCGAAUGUGUCUCCUUCACUGCCUCGCUCGAAAAAAGUCCGAAAGCCUCCCUUGCCGCUACCUGACUUACAGUCAGUAAUUGACCCAGCAUUUGCAAAGGAGAAGAAGGAUCCAACUCCGCUCAAUGGGAAAUCUGCUCACAGCAGUAUCAACAAAGAGGCAUCCUCACUGGUACAACAGCUUCACGUUCCUAAUGAGAACCUCGAUCUUCCAAGCGCCGGACCCGCGACGGGUAAGCGCGUCCGAAAACAAUCCGCCAUCGGUCAAGC